AUGGCAUCUACUAUUACUGGUCCAGUCUCACUUCCUGGAUCAAGACAUGAUUUAUCCACUUAUUGGGGCAGAGUUAAACAUUGUGCAGAGAUUUCAGAUCCAACUAUGUUGUUGAACUCUACUAAAGAUAUCGAAGCUGCCAAAAGAAAGAUUUGGGAUUAUAAGAACGGUGUGGUGGGAUCUAUGAAUGCAGACCUUUGGAGAGCGAAGAGAACUUUGGAUUCAGCUUUACAUCCUGAUACAGGUGAAACUGUUUUCUUGCCAUUUAGAAUGAGUUCGUGUGUUUUAUCUAAUUUAGUGGUUACAGCUGGUAUGUUAACACCAAAUUUAGGUACAGUAGGUACUUUAUUUUGGCAAAUUGCAAAUCAAUCAUUAAAUGUUGCUAUUAAUACUGCUAAUGCUAAUAAAUCUCAUCCAUUGACAACCAAACAAAUCGCUGUUAACUAUUCCAUGGCGGUGACUGCUUCUUGUACUGUUGCUUUAGGAUUAAAUGCUAUCGUUCCAAGAUUAAAGUCUUUGAAACCAAGUACAAGACUUAUUUUAGGUAGAUUGGUUCCAUUUGCAGCAGUUGUUUCAGCAGGUGUGGUUAAUGUUUUCUUAAUGAGAAGUGAAGAGAUAAGAAAAGGUAUUACCGUAUUCGAUAAGAAUGGUUCUGAAGUUGGUACUUCUAAAACAGCUGCUUUAUAUGCUGUUGGUGAAACAGCUGCUAGUAGAGUUAUCAAUGCAACUCCUAUUAUGGUUAUACCACCUUUAAUUUUGGUUAGACUCCAAGCUUCUAGAUUAUUGAGAGGUAGAUCAAAGGGAGUGGAAACUUUAGUGAAUAUCGGUUUGAUUUUUGCAACAUCAUUAGUAGCCUUACCAUUUGCUCUUGCUGUAUUCCCACAAAGAAGAGAAUUACCAGUGAGAAAGUUAGAAGAAAAAUUCCAUAACUUAACAGAUAGUAAAGGGUUACCAAUAGAAACUUUAGAAUUUAAUAGAGGUAUUUAA